CGGCGGGGGAGGGGGCGCGCAGCCCGAGCCCCGCGGCCGUGUCCCUUGGCCUCGGCGUGGCCGUCGUGUCCAGCCUGGUGAACGGGUCCACGUUUGUGCUGCAGAAGAAGGGCAUCGUGCGCGCUAAGCGGCGAGGGAUCAAACUCAUGAUCAAGGCAGGUGCUUGUGCUGCUGAGCUAAUCCCCGUCACUGCACACACGGUGUUCACACUCAUGGGAGGUGGUGCCUUCAUCCAGCUGUGCUGUUAGCAGGAAACACUUACUUCUUGAUCCCCAGUCCUUUGCACCUCGUAUUUGACAGACAUCGUGUGGUGGGCUGGCACCAUUGCAAUGGCAGUUGGUCAGAUUGGAAACUUCCUGGCGUACACAGCGGUCCCCACAGUCCUCGUAACUCCUCUGGGUGCCCUUGGAGUGCCAUUCGGGUCCAUUUUAGCUUCUUAUCUCCUGAAGGAGAAGCUCAACAUCUUGGGCAAAUUGGGGUGCCUGCUGAGCUGCGCGGGUUCCGUUGUGCUGAUCAUCCACUCCCCAAAGUCUGAGAGUGUGACGACACAGGCUGAGCUGGAAGAGAAGCUGACCAACCCAGUGUUUGUGGGCUACCUGUGCAUCGUACUCCUCAUGUUACUGCUGCUCAUCUUCUGGAUUGCGCCAGCCCACGGACCCACCAACAUCAUGGUCUACAUCAGCAUCUGCUCCUUGCUGGGGAGUUUCACCGUGCCUUCCACGAAGGGCAUCGGGCUGGCAGCCCAAGACAUCUUGCACAACAACCCUUCCAGCCAGAGAGCCCUGUGCCUGUGCCUGGUACUGCUGGCUGUGCUGGGCUGCAGCAUCAUUGUCCAGUUCAGGUACAUCAACAAGGCACUAGAAUGCUUCGACUCGUCCGUGUUUGGGGCCAUCUACUACGUGGUGUUCACCACACUGGUCCUGCUGGCAUCGGCCAUCCUCUUCCGCGAGUGGAGCAACGUGGGCCUGGUGGAUUUCCUGGGCAUGGCCUGUGGAUUCACGACUGUCUCUGUGGGGAUCGUCCUCAUACAGGUGUUCAAAGAGUUCAAUUUCAACCUUGGGGAGAUGAACAAAUCCAACAUGAAAACAGACUAGGGUGCGGCCAGGGGUUGGGGGCUGGAGGAGCAGGCCUUGGAGGUGGCUGCUGGCCUUGACUGGAUGUGAAGUAGCAGAGACCCUCAAUCCCUGGUGCGACAGUAUCUGUGUGCUCACGGGUGGCCUGGUGGACACGAGGAGCCUGGCUCGACACUGGACCGGACCCAGCCCUGAGCAGCCCAGAUUCCCAGUGGUUGCCUGGGCGUCAUCUCUCUGAUGAGAUGAAUGUCAUUCGCAUUUCCAUUGACCUGGAAGCUUUCAUGACUGCUCUUUCCUUUUAAAAUAUUUUAACAUGACCUAAUCAGAAAAGAAAGGGGGCUCUUCCUGGUUAGUCUUUGCAGGAGAGCAAAUGUUCUUAGAUUACUCUGGAAACAGAAGAAAUUGUCUUGAAAUCGGGCUGUGUAUAGUAAUGUGACUGUAGUUGUGUUAGUUUGCAUUAAGCAUGUAUAAUAUUCAGGAACCUCAUUCAAAAUAAGAGGCAUAUGUUGCAUUCUUUUUAAUCCUCUAACAAAUUAUCUUCUGCACUCACCCCAAGACAUCUUAAUAGCAGGUAGAGAAGAGUUAGUGAAUGUGAUGCAGUAUUUCAUUGGCAGGAUGACUUCUCAGUAGCUCAACUCAAUUCCAGUGCCUUUAUCACUUGAAGUAUUCACUUAAUUUACAGUUACUAUGUGUAUGUUCUCUUAGAUUAGAAUAAUGCCAUUUCAUUGGUUAUCCAUUUAUAUUUCAAUGUUCAGAUUACAAAUAUGUAAAUCAGUUUAGAAAUAGUAGCAUAAUCAUCGGGAGAUAGUCAAAACUAAACAUACCUUAGAGCAAAUGGACCUGUUCAGCAUGUAGUUAUUGUCUAAUUAGAGACAGCUAAUUAGCAUGAGGUAUUUUAUUUUCAUUCAAGCUGUGUACCUGGGACCCAGUAUCAAAUAUAUUUAUAGGGUUUUUUUCAGCAAGCAUUUGUCACUAGUUGGAAGAAAUGAACUAUUUAACUUGAUAAUAAGUUUACAUGAGGGAAUAACUGUUCAAUAGCACAUGUAUUGAGAGUCCUUUAAUACAACAAAUUAAAGGACACAGAUAGGCUUAAGAUGAGUCUACAAAUUACAACACACAUAGUUUUCAGAGGAAUAUAUAUCAAAGACGCAAGUAACUAACCAGCCAUCUCAUUGUUUGAGAUGUUAUUUGAGAGUUCUGCAACCAAUCUCUCAUAAACAUUUUGAGUAUACACAAAGACAAGACAAAACAAAAUGAAAGGCUGCCUAAUAUAAAAGAGCCGACCAUUGUGGCAGGGUUUGAAUCAAAAAGGCCAUUCCUUCUUCGGUCUGUAGUACCCUUCCGUGUGUGCGAACCUGGGGCGAAGCAGGGAGUGACGCGGAUAAGCCGAGCAGUGUGAGCUCCACCAGCAUGCUCCGUGCAGACGGAGUCUGCCCCAGCGAGACGGGGCUGUGUACAGCAGAGCGGCGAACGUGAAAUUUAAUAAUAAUUAAACUUAUUCACUCAGGAAAAAAAUACGCUUUUCUAGGCAAAAACAUUUCUAGAAUAAACAUUCAAGGAGUAGUUCUCUCAAGUAUGGAACAAAGAAGCUAAAUUAAAAAAAAAAACUAGCUUAACAUAAAGCCACAAAAUACUUGUAGGAAUUAAAAAUACAAUAAUCUUGGUUAGGAUUUUUGAAAAGCAGCAGUGAAAUUAUUUAAAGUUAAAACGUUAUUUAUGGAGUGCUCAGAACGAUUAUUUCUGUUUUUAUCAGCUCUUGAAGGUUUUUUGUUUAAUCGGCAUUCUUAGGAAUGCAGGCCUUAAUUUACUGAACUCUGAAUAUAAGUGAAAGCGUUAUGUAGCAGGAUCAGCACACAAAAACCGUUCCUCAGGUAAGGAGCUUGAAAAGAACAUGUGCAGCUGCACAGCACGAGAAGAGAGUCCGUAAUGUAGAAGCCAUGUUUAUUUUGCCGUCACCUGCACGCGAAGCAAGUUUAAAUGCAUCUGUUAGUUAGUGUCCUUUGUUAGACCGAGGCUCUUCAGAGGUGACAGUUCCUGGAUGCUCUUCCUGUGGUGGUUUUAAGAGUAAAGCAGAAGGCCAGUGUUCACGUCCCUCUCUUAGAGGUGUCCGCCUGGAGCAGUCCACUUCUCUCCAGUUUCUGUCCGUUGAGCAGAUGCCCUAGUGGAACAGUUUGUGUUGCUUUCAAGUGUGCGACAGUGCCCUCCGAGUAGCUGAACUGACCGGUGUCUAAUGAUCUGAUUUUCAAGUUGAACACAGGAAAUAUAUUCAGGUUUAAUAUGAUUUACUUUACAAAUUCAUUUUCUUACAACUCAUUUGCAAAUACAAAGAAAGAAAGUGCCCUGAAGUGAGCUUUAAGGGAGGGCCAUUUGGAGCUGAGUCUUUGAUUAGUCCUUCAAAGGUAAACACAAAGCCUUUUCAUUAUAUAAUACUUUGGGUUUUAUCUCUGAUAAAACUCAGGAAAAGCUGGACACAGUGGCGCAUGCCUGUAAUGCUGGCACUGGGGGAGACUGAGCCUGGAGGAUUGUGAAUUCAAGCCCGACCUGGGCAACUUAGUGAUUUAGCAAGAGCCUGUCUCAAAUUUUAAAAAGUUUGAAAAAGGCUGGGGAUGUAGCUUAGUGAGACUCUAGAUUUAAUCCCCAGUACUGGGGGAGUAACCCACCUCACACAACACAAAAACAACUAAGUGAAAAGACUUAGUUUGCAAAUGUACUUGUUUGGAAGUCCUAUUAAAAUCAAAGUUUUUUAAAAUAAAAAUUUGCAAACUUCUCUCUCUUUUUUUGACACAAGGUCUCGCUAUAUAGUCCACACUGGCCUUGAACUUAAUUUCCUAGCCCAGGCUGGCCUCAAACUCAUGGUGACUCUCCUGCUUCCCUCCCAAGUGCUUGGAUUAUAGGCACGCACCACUGUGCCUGGAACAGAAUUACUCUUGGUAGAUACUUGAAGAGGCCAUUUUUCUUGUCUCCUACUUAAGUGCUGUCCUGUUUAUUUCAUCUAAUUCUUUGCAUUUGGAAAGAUUGUUUCCCAUUCUGCUUAUUGAUCAAGUGCAGGCCCAUUUAAGGAUUCUAACCCAACCCAACCCCGGGGGCAUUUUCUCUCAUCGUGUCCUCUCUUGGAGGCUCUGCACAGGAGGGCAGUGUUGCCCAGGUUGGGCCCUUGGGGAGCAAUCUGGUUUUCUGGUGGCCUUGCUCAUUACUCAGUUGUCACCACAGUGACAUUCCUGUUUGGGUGUUCCUGCAAUGUACUUCACUGCUCUCUGCUCAGCAAUAAAAAACAUUCCUUCAGUCCUGCCUAGGAAGCCAGUUUAUUCACUCAGUUUUAUUUCCAGAGUUAGUCCUAACAGUGACAUGUUGGUCUUUGCUCUUCCCUGGGUUUUGUCUCUGUUUUCUUAUAGAAGGGAACACUGUUCAAAGGUGCAGUCACUGUUCCUCUUCUUUUUUUCUAGAAAGCUCAGCUCUUGGUAAAUAUUUUGCUCAGCUCUCAGAAGUCAGUUUGUAAAGUGUUCAGAUGCAGUCUCUGGGGUGGAAGAAUGCUCAGUCUGUGAGACAGGCGUCACUGAGCACGGGCUGUUGCCCGGCUAUGCGACUGUUGCUGUCGUUUUGGGGUUGAGGCCGGGGCUGGUGCCUGCUGGGCGAGCCGUCUGCUGUUGAGCUGUACUCUUAGCUGUAAACCAAGAUUUACUCUGGCAUUGCUUGUUGGUUUGUUUUGUUUUGAGGUGCUGGAGCUCAAAUGCAGGGCCUCAACCAUGCUAAGCAAGUGUGCUUCUACCACUGAGCUGCAUCCCCAGCCCCUGCUGCUAACUCCUGUCAGGAGAUGACACCUCUCUUUCCCAACUGCUCCACCCAUGUAGAAGAGUGGAGAGGAUAUUCCAGUGGCCUGCAGAGCCCUUGGCGUUCUCUGAUGCCCACAGAACCUGUUUCAGCUUCCCAUGACCCAGUAGGACACUAGAAAAAGGAGAGCACUUUGACUGAUGGUUAGCUCCUUGGACGGAGCUGCUGUCCUAGGGCAUCAGGCAGCACGGAGGUUGCACACCCUUCCAGCAGGAAUGGACGGGCUCUAGUGUUCUUCUUUCUCAGGGACCCAAAUGUAUCAGUUCACUGUCGACCUUACUUCCAAGGACGCGUCCUUGUUUCUGUUUUGUGUGUUUUACUGAUAAUCAUAUUUUGUUAACUUGUGUUGGCGAGAAAAAAGACCAGUUGGCACACCGUCACAUCACAAGGCAGUUUACCACAUAAAUACCUCAAUUUUUUGUAUUUCUUAUUUGCAUUUCACAGCUGUUACUGGUGAUGAGUUUUAAGGGUCUGUCGUUUGAUCAUAGGUGACUUCACAUCUGGCCAGAUUCUUGUACCUCUACUGUAUACUUGAAAAGAUUAAGAAUUAUAGGAACAGGAAUGAGAAUUUGGCCCAUGCCACUACUUGUUUAUUUUCAUAUGCAUUUCUCAUAUGCUGUUAAAUGUAACAAAAUAAUUAUAUUUUAAGAAAAUGUAACCUUUGUUACAUCAAAAUAUAUUGUCUGAUAAAAGACUUGAUAUUCAGUAGAGCAGUGAUCAUGUAAAUAAACCUGUAUUUCACAUGUACCCAAAGUGAUUAAAAAAGCGGAGCCUAAGGCCUAGAA